UUGAUGACACACAUAGAGGAGAUAAAGACAAAACUGGCUGGAGUGAGGUCCCUGGGUCAGCAGAUGUCCAGUAGCUCAGAGCCAGAGGGGCCUCGGGUCAUGCAAGCCACACUGGUGGUACUGACCGAUAGACUGGAGUCUCUGCAGUCGAUGACCAGAACAAGGAUGAGACAGACAGAGAUGAAGCUGCAUGACCAGCAGAAGCACCAAGCAGACUUACAGGAGUACCAGACAAACAUAGAAGAGUUUGAUGAAUGGUUGGCCACAGCCAGACUGGAGAAUUCAGAUGAAGCGAUGACAGACCCAGAUACUGCUACUUUAAAACAACAACUUGAGAAAAAUAAGAACUUGCAAGCUGAAGUAAACAAACGCCUCCAGCAGCUCUCAGACAUGGCCGUCCAGUGUGAAAGUCUCAUGGAGCUUGGGUCUUCAGAGGGGGCUACAGGACUGAGAUCCAGGGUGUCCGAACUCAAGGCACAGGUGACGGAGUUCAAACUGCAGAUCAUUGAUGGCCAAAGACAGAUUAAGGAUAAAAUCAGAGAUGUAGAGCGCCAGGCACUUUCUGCUGAGGAGGAGAGUUCCAUGCAGGAAUUACAGCAGUGGAUGGAGGACACUCGCAGAAUGACGCUGUCUCCAAAGAAGGAUGAAACGGGUCCUAAGUUGGUGGAGGAGAAUUACCAAUUGCAACAGCAACUUGAAACAGACCUUGCCAAACAUCAGAGACUGAUUCGUUCUGUGUCCACAUCUGGUGUAAACUAUGUGGAGCCCAAGGAUGCCCCAUUUGAGGCAAGAGCAGACGUCGUCCAAGCCAACUGGGACAGGUUAGCCAAGAUGGCUGCUGAUAAGAAACAACAAGCAGAGGAAGUUAUAAAUAGGGCUAGAAGUGAGGGCAAGCCAUUGGCUAUCUACCAAAAAGGUCAGAGGUCAGUUCAUGAGCCAGGCACAACAACCAAGACAGAAGAAGUAAAGAUUGGAAUGCUCGAGCUGACCCAGUGCUGGGAACGUCUGCAGCGACCUGACCAGGAUGAUGAAACCCGCUCGGAACGUCUGCUCCAAUUCCAGCGUCAGUUCCAGGAGACCAUUUUAACUUUGUCCGAAUGGAUGGACCUCAUUGAGGUGAAAUUGUUCGCAGUGGACCAUGACAGGACAGCGGAGGAACAACUGAAAGAGAAUGAGUCUGUCAUGAAAGAACUGCGCUCAGUUCAGGAAGAUGUGAAAGAGCUUGGGAGAACUUCACACCACAUUCUCCCUGAAGUUGGCGAAGAAGAGAAGCAGAUGGUCAAGGUGACAAUGGAGAACAUGGGCAAACGGCUGCAAGUCUUAGAGAGAAGGGGAUAUGACCAGGAGCAGGAAUUGAUGGAAAAGACAAGGAAAUGGAAACAUUAUCAAACUGAAGUGAAAAGUCUGCAGAGCAAGCUUACAGAAACCAGGCGGCAUUUUAUUACUUCUGCUCAAAGUGUGGCACCUCUUGAACAACAGCUGGCUGAGAUUAAGAAACUUGAAGACAGUAUCAAGCAAUAUGAGCAAAAACUCCACAAACUGAGUCAGGAGGGAGAGGAGUUGAGUGAGGGAGAUCCCAGAGCCAUUCUGCCUGUAGAAAUGAAUACACUUCACACAUCCUGGCAGCAGUUACAGCAACAGGCAACUGAGAGGAAAGCUCAGCUCCAGCGUGCCAUGACAGUCCAGAGUCAGUAUGAGAAGAUGAUUCAGGAAUACGCAGAGUUUUUGGACACUGCUCAGGACAAACUACGUGCAGACACCCUUGCAGCAUCAGAUCUGCAGCACCUGGCUCAACAACUGAAGGCACACAAAGAAUUCUUCAGUGACUUAGAAGGGCAUAGGUCAAUGCUAGAUGCAUUGGCACAAAAAACUGACAAGGCAACACGCCAGCGUUACUUCAGCAUGCACACGCGUCUCAUCAACUUGACCCACAUUGUCCAAGAUAAGGCAAGCCUGCGAGGACAGCGUAUCGAGCGCAUUGUGGAAGAAUGGGCCCAAUUUGAAGACCAGUUCAAUCAGACAAACGAGUGGCUGGUAUCUUUGGAAAAACAGUCUCCAGUUCGUACCACUGGAGAUGAGACGGCGGCCAUUAGACAGCACCAGUUUGUGCAGAAGAGACUGAACGAUGAAAAGGCGGCCAUGUACCAAGUUGUUGAGAAGGGCAAGCAGCUGGCACAGAGGGUGAAGUGCCCUGCUUUGGAGACCAAUGUGGCUACAUUUGCUGAAAGAUGGGUUGCAAUCAACAAUGCAACCAAUCAAGAACUGAAACGGCUUGAGGUACUUCUUGACCAGCAGACAACAUUUGACCAUGAUGCAGGCACGCUGGAAGAAUGGCUGGCCACAGCCAAGGAAAAGGCAGGAGAGUUUGUCUUGAAGGAUGAAGAUGUCAAGGAUAUUGGAGCAAUACGUGGCUAUAUUGAUAGGUUCCUGGAAUUUAGAAAAGAGGUUGAACAUCAGAGUCCAUUGAAAAAUAAGGUGAUGCUAACUGGUAACCAGAUCCUAAGGACAAGAAAGACAGACUCCAGUGGUCUUCUGCAGAGAUUAAACAGCAUUGAAGAGUCCUGGCUCCAGCUGACCACUCAGUUGACCAGUUGUGAAGAUAGGCUUCACCAGGCUCAGAUGGAGUUAAUGCCGUCCCGUCAAGCUCUGUCUGAGCUCCUCAUCUGGAUCAGCGGACUGGAGAAAGUCCUCAAGGAUGACAAGAACAUCCCACUGGACAGUGCUCUGGACACCAAGAUCAUGCUGACCAAGUACCGCGGCUUCAAGGUGGACAUCUCCAACAAGCAACUCACAGUGGACUUUGUCAAUCAGUCUGCUCUGGAGAUGAGCAUACGCGUCCCUCACGGUCACCAAGCAGAGAAGACAGAUUUUGCAGAAAAAUUGGGUCAGAUGAACAGGCGCUGGCAGGCUGCAGCCAGUGAUGUGGCAGAGAGACUGAAGACGUUAGAAAUGCUACAAGUCAGAUGGGAGGAGUAUGAGAAAUGUGUCAAAGGAUUGAUGGAGUGGUUCGAUGAUCAGGAGAAUAAGAUCAAAAAGUAUCAUCGGAUUGGUCACGAGAUCAGCAUACGUCAGACUCUCAAAGACUGCAAGUCACUUGAAGAACAGCUCAAAGUAAAAGAAGAUGAGAUAGAAUCAGUCAAGAAGUUGGGCCUGAGUCUCAUGGAGUCCAGCAAGGGCUCCUCCGACAGCAUCCAUGAUGUGAAGACCACAGUGGACAAGCUGAACCAGCACUGGGCUUGCCUUGACCACCAGGUGUGUCAGGUCCAGAAUGUCCUGGAGGACACCUUGAGACAGUGGGAAACUUACCAGGCCUCGCUUCAAGUGGUCAGCCAGCUGCUGACCGAGACAGAGUACCUGCUCAGCCGAUACAACGUGGUCAGUGGCGAUGCAACCACGUUCAAGAGUCAGCUGUUAAGACUUAAGGGAAUGCAGAAAGAGUUUGAUCAACAAGGAAGCAAACUGAAGCAGUUCCUUGAUGAUGGGGACCAGCUUAUUAAAGUAUGUGAGCCAUUUGUUACCCAAGGACUGCAAAGAGCUGUCACUGAUGUCAAGAGCAGAUGGGACAGUUUGGUGUCUCAGCUGCGCACAAGAGUUUCCAAGUAUGAGGGCAUCCUAGAAAAAUGGCAGAAAUACGAGGCAGACUACACCAAGGCCAAGGACUGGGUGGAGAAGAAGGAAAUCCAGUGUAAUGAACUUCUGCUGCUGAGAGAGGAGGCAGAGGACAAGGACGGCCAUCUUAACAAGAGCAAGGAAUUGAAGCAAGAACUGGACAAUUUCCAAACAUCUUUGUUGACCCUCAACAAAGCAAGUGACCAGUUGACCAAAAACAUGGACAACACCACCAUCAUAGGCAUCACGUCUCGUGAGACUGCCCUCAGCCAGAGAGUGUCCACGAUGAGACAAGCUCUCCUGAAACACACCCAUAACCUGCAGAAUGACCUAUCACAGCAGAGGAGAUUUGACGACCUGAUUGAAGUGAUUCAGGAGUUCUUCACCGAUGCCGAAAGAGUCUUAGAGGAGGAAGACCCCAACAAGUCUGACGAUGAAGACACCUUGAAAGAUAGGCUUGAGGAGCUGAAGGCUUUGAAUGUACAGUUUAACAACUACCAAUCCAAGCUAGACAAUCUAAACAACAUGGGCUACCGCCUCCCCCUGAGCAAGAAGAAUUCGGAGAAAUUGAAACAGACCAAUCAGAAAUGGUAUAAGAUGUUUGCAGAGACGUCUGAGCGAUAUCGCACCAUGCAGGGUCACAUGUUACUCCACCACGACUUCCAGCAGAAGUGCGAUGCAUGGAUGACUUUCUUGGCGCAAGCAGAGCAGAACUUGGCAGUGGAUAUUGCUGGAAAUUAUGAAGGACUUUUGGAGCAGCAGAAAAUAUAUGAGCUGUUCCAGUCAGAAAUCUACUCUAGACAACAAAUCCUGCAGUCAAUCAUCAGCGAUGGCCACCAAAUGAUGAGAGACAGUGAUUCAGAUGAACGGCAGGAAUUCCAGAGGAAGCUCUCCAUGUUGGAUCAGCAAUGGCAGAGUGUUGUCAGGAGAACCAAUCAGAGGAAGGCUAUUAUUGACCACAACAUUUCCCAUUGGCAAAUGUACAAGACUCUUAGAGAGAAGCUGUCUAAUUGGCUUGAUGAAAUGGAUGAGAACUUGAAUAUAUUUGAAUUUAGUACAGCUACACUGCAGAAAAUCAAGGCUUUGAUUGAACAUUUGAGGGCCACUCAAAAGGACCUUGCCAUGCAUGAAUCGAUGUACCAGCGUGUACACGAGGCUGGGUGUCUGCUGGUCAGUAUCUCUGAUAAGACCACCGAGUCCACCAUACGGUCACAUCUGACGGACAUCCAGCAGCACUGGUUCCAGAUCAUAGGCAAGCUGGACGGCAGGAGAGAACACCUAGAGGGUAUACUGAAGCAGUGGCAAGGUUGUGAGGAAGGCAUUGAAGACAUCCUUGCAUGGCUGAAGGAAAUGAGAAAAGCCUUGAAUGUAGGGCUGGCGCAGAAUUACGAUGAUCUCCAGCGGCAGUUGCAGCAGUGUGUGGAGUUCGAAACGGCCUUCGCCAAUGCGGCAGACAAGAGGAAAAUUCUCCUGGAAAAAGAACACCAGCUGGCGCUAGUGGUGUCACCAGAUGAUCUGACAAUUCUGCGCCAGAGAAUUGUCCUACUUACCAAACAGUGGGAUGAAAUAGCUAACCAGAUUGUACUGCGGAGAAAUUGUAUUGAAGAUCGUCUCAAUGAGUGGACACUGUUCAAUGAUAAAUACAGAGAGAUGUUGGACUGGCUUUCCUAUAUGGAGGCCAAGGUGUCUUCCAACCAAGAGUUCCAUAUUGAAGACAUACUGGAGAAAUUGCAAAAGGACUAUAAAGAAGAGAUCACAAACAUGCAGGUUAACCGUGAUGAUCUGUUUGCACAUGGCCACCGUUUGAUCAAAUCCAGCAGUGAAGUCAGAGCCAACGACAUUGAGUACAAGAUCAGCAAGCUGAGAGACAGGUGGCAGAGGUUACAAGAAUUGGUGACAGCCAGAUUGAAGAAACUCCAAGAGACCUUAACAGCAGUCCAAGAGUUAGAGAAGAGUAUGGCCAGCUUGCGACGUUGGCUGGCAUACAUAGAACAUGCUCUGAGCAGCCCAGUCUCGUACCAACAGGCUGAUCUCACCGAGAUACACAGGAGAUUACAGCAACAACAGGAACACCAACAGGACAUAGAGCGACACAGUGCAGGUGUGGCCUCUGUACUCAACUUGUGCCAAGUGUUACUUCAUGAUACAGACGCCUGUCCCACUGAUGUAGAGGUCUCUGCAUUACAACAUGCCAAGACAAGCCUGGACAGACGAUGGAAGAACAUCAGAGCACUUUCAACAGAAAGGAGAAUGAGAAUUGAAGAAACAUGGCGGCUGUGGCAGAAGUUCAGUGAGGAUUACCAUCGUUUUGUGGAUUGGAUGAAAGACAUGGAGAAAGCCACCACAAAGCCAAGAUCAGCUUCUGUAACAUUUGCUGAAGCCAAGGAAGAACUCAGGAAGUUUGAGACAUUGCAGAGAUCUCUCCACGAAAAUCUAGCAGAACUGGAACUUAUCAACAAGCAAUAUCGUCGUUUGGCUCGAGAGAGUCGCACUGAUGUCAGCAGCAUGUUGAAGGGGCAGGUUACCGAUGCCAACAAUGCGUGGGACAAACUGUCCAAACGUCUCUCUGGCAUCAUACGCAGACUGAAGCAUUUACUGAAUGUCCACGAGGACUUCAAAACAACUAGAGAGGCCUUGCUGGUGUGGCUGACCGACCUGGACAUGCAAAUUACCAAUAUGGAGCACUUCUCAGAGAUGGACAUAGACACCAAGUUGCAUCGUAUGCUGGAAUUCCAGGAGCAGAUCAAGACAAGAUCCAGCAAACUCCAGUAUGUGGACAAAGCCGCAGCAUAUCUGCUCCAGAAAUGUGAACCCUCCGACACAGUAAGGAUAGAAAAAGAACUGAAAGAGUUUUCUCAGUACAGCAAGGAAGUUCUGCUCAGAGUGAAAAGAUACCAGGAGAAACUGGAGAAAAUAUCAACUGGGAAUAUCUCAGGGUUAUGGGCCCAGCGUAGUGUAAGACAAGAGCAUGAUUAUGAUCAUGAUGCAGAAGUCGGGGCUUUGCUCGGUGACAGCCAUGUCCAUUUCAAAGACCAAGACGUCCGCCAUGACAGUUCCUCCAGGCUGCGUAUUGGUACUCCUGGGAGUGAGGCCUCACUGGACUGGGACAUGUAUGAUGUGGAAAAGAUGCUGGAUGACAGUCCCCCGGAAAGUCCCACUCCUCUGGAUGAAGAGAGAGAACUGAAGUGGCAAUCAAUUCAGAAGCAGAUAGCUGCCAAGAAGGGCAAGUUGGGCUAUGCGGAGGCUUAUUUGACUGAGCUAGAGCAGCUGAUAGACCACACUGUGGCUCAGCUGAUAGACACAGAGCAAGCCCUGAGGUGCAAGACCCCCACUGGGCCAGAACUGGAGGAAUCUGGAGCCAUGGGAUAUGCCCAAUAUUUGUAUGGAUCUAGAAGUAAUUUAGAACUAAUCAGAAGUAUGUGUGACAGCUUCAAGCAAGACACUGGAUUGUCUGCUGCCACUUCUGUACAAGUUCAGGCUCAAGGUGUUGUUCAGCGAUGGGAACUGUUACAAGCCCAGGCCCAGGCCAAAGACGGGAGGCUGAAAAAGAGCCGACAGCAAUGGCAGCAGUUCAAAACAGACAUCAGAAAUGUGAUCUUGUGGCUGGAUGAAGCCGAGGCUAUUCAACGGACACAGGUCAUCGUGCCUAGUGAUAUCAAGCAGCUGGAGGUGGUGAUCAGGAGGCACAGGGAGUUUCUCCUACAGUUAGACAGUCGCAAGGCCAUUGUUCUCUCCAUCAACUUACUGAGUCAACAGUUCUUAGGGCAGGACAACAAGGAGAGUAGAAAUUUGAAGGAACAUUUACUGAUCAUGAACCAGAGAUGGGAAAAUGUCACUUCCAAGACCUCGCUGUGGCAGAAAAAGCUCCAGAUGGCGCUGAUGCAGUGCCACGAUUUCCAUCAGACAAUCAAGGACUUGUUGCUGUGGCUGGAGAGUGUGGAGGCCAAGAUCAAAGUGUGUGAGCCAGUGAAUAUCCACGAUGACAAAGAUACUCUGAGGUUGAAAUACAAUAAAUUCAAGGAAGUUCAGACUGACCUUGAGAGGUCACAGCCAAGAGUGACCUCCCUGAAGGAAUCCACUGACCAGUUACUGUCAAGCACAGACUCCAGUGAAGCCAAACAUGUGAGGGAGAAGAUGAUCAUCAUUGACACCAGACUCAGGACCUUAUCCCGCCAAUGCAUGCUGUAUAUCAGUAAACUGGAGGUGGCAUUGGGAAUAGCUCAGAGAGAAUCUCCAUUGUCCUUUAGUCUUGACCUGUCAGAUAGUGCCAACAGAGGGCAGUAUCGUACUAGCACACCCAGAUAUAGGUCAAGGUCAUCAAAUUCUCCACUGACACCCACCGGUUUCUCAAGACAGCUCUUGGCCAUACGAACAGAGAUAGUGAAGGAACAUGCAGAGGCUCGUGCAGAAGCUGAAACUACCGAAAGUCCCCCUGAAGGCGCAGUAGCAGUCAGACGGCGCCGUCCAGCGGCAUUUCUGGUGAGAGUGUGUCGCACAGCGUUACCUCUUCAGAUAUUGCUGCUCCUGUUGCUCGGCAUUGCUUGCCUCGUGCCAAUGAGUGAGGAGGAUUUCAUGUGCGAACUGCGCAACAACUUCCAGCGCUCCUUAGAUCCCAUGUUGACCUACUUGGAUGGACCACCUCCAGUGUAAGCCGUGAUGGAC